UGAAACCAGUCGCUCUCACGCAAAACACAAAUCUAACGAUGAUAUUCAGAUACACGCUGAAUAUCCCACUGCACAGAGGUUUAACAGGUUUACGUGUAGUUAGGAGAAAACGUUUAGCAAUAACGCCUGCAUUUUAAACUAAAUAUAGUAUUGUUUAAGAGAGUAAUAUUUAACAGUGUCACUUCAGAUCUCCAAUAUAAUCUCACUAGUACUACUACUACUAAGGUGUUAAUAUAAACUACAAUCUUAUAUUUACAUCUGCUCCACCUCCAUUAUAAUGUAUAACAUCUCUAACAAAUCAGAUUUUUUAUAAGACAAAAAAACGGUUCAAAAUAAAGCGAGUUACAGCUGAAUUUAUAAAAGUAGCUGAACCUUCUCCAUGGACUUGUAUUAGCCUACAGUCAAAUUUUGACCCUUUCCAAUAUGGCGGACGCGUUAACGUAGUUAGCAACAGCGGCUAAUGCGGGGUCAACUGACGAGCUAACCAGAAUGACUGGAUACAGUGAACAGUGUCUGUUCUUCAUGCCUGUACCGGACCUGAAGAAACUCUACAGUGUUUUUCUGUCAUUUCACAGUUUUUCAUCUCAAGCAGACGAAGGAGAGCUGAGAAACAGGCAGAUGAAGACCUGCAGAGAGCUUUUGCAUUUGCAUUCCGAUCUUAUUGCGUCCCCUGUGUUGGGCUCUUACGGUGGGAUCAGAGUCAUAAUGGCUAUAACAUUUUUCAAGAGAGGCAUCAUCCAGGCUUAUGCACAGAGCCAUAGUUUACAGAUCGGUUCUCCUCAGAGGGUUCUGCCUAGCGUCCUGCAGAUGUGUCUGUCUUACUCCCUCACUGCUCGACUAUCCCCGAACUGGAACAGAGCAGGACAGUAUUUAAUCGCAGGAAAGGAUUUCCUGUCUGAUGCUAGCAAACGCAUUGCUGUUGUCAUGGAGCUGAGUGUGAAUGAGACUGAACUCUGUGUCAGCGUGGAGGCCAGCACUAUAAGACUUCCUCCUGUAACACUGAAAGACUUCGAUCUUCCAGCUCUUGUGAUGGAAAGAUUUCUGAAUAACAGAGAGACAGUUCUCCACACCAAAACACCAAAUAACUGGUGCUACAUUCUCCCAAGCAUGAAGAAGGGCCAGGUCAUCAGCAUCAGUCGCACACUGCCACCAGAGUGUCCUUUCCAGACUUACGCUGAGCUUCAGAAUCACUGGAACAGCAUGUAUGGCUACUAUCUGCCUCCACUGAAUGAAGAUGAGGUGGUGUACUGCAGUAUGUAUUUUAAACUUCUUGGUGAGAGGCUUUUCACAUAUCCAUUGUGUUGUAUUCGCAUUCAGCCAGUACAGUGUUUUCCCCGAGUGAACCUGCAGGGGGCACUCACAGCCUUUAUAUCAGAUGUCAGAAGCCUCAUGGAGAAUGUUUGUGGCUUUACAGCCCAAAUGACCAGCAAACCCUGCUACCAUACUAACAAUCUGAGCAGACCUGACUUACAGGACUCUGGGACCUUACCUGCUAACCUGACCUCCAAGAGCUCCAGCAGACUCGUGCUGACCCAGCUCCCUAAUGUCUUCCCUCCAGAGAGGGUGCCUCUUACACGGUUAGCAUCAUCUCCGUGGCCCCAUGGUCUGAGCAGCAUCAGACAGCCAGCUAAAACCAAUGGACACGGGAAUCCUCAAAUCCCCAACCACAUUUUUCAGUCAUCUCAUUGCCAUGGCACUGAGACAUGCCAGUUCCCAUCAUCGUUCACCUCCUUCCCAUCAUUCUCCUCUUCUGUCUCUGCUAACCACCUCUUGCUUAGCAACACUCAGCCUGCUACACAGAGACCCAAACUGGUGCCUAUUUUCACAAACAAGUCACUGAGCCGUCAUGUUAACAUCACAAAGAUCUUGGCUGAAAAAAAACAACAGAAACAAGAAGAAGCACAGUGUGCUUCUAGAGCAGCAGUUAAAAGACCCUCCUGUUCUCCUUUAUCCUCGACAUCAUCACUUCCUAGAGUGUCUCUGCCAUUUUUUAAGGACCAUAAAAGAGACCACAAUGUCUGCGCUACCACACCGGCACAACCACUCUUUCAAACACAGCCUGCAACCAUGACUGAGAUCAAAAGAGAGGGCGAAGUAUUUGAGUCACACCCAAAGAAAGCCAAAGUCAACAUACAGGAAGUGGAUGUGGUGAAGUAUGCAAGAAGCAGUCAGCUGGCAAAGAUCAACUCAGCAACUCUGCAGGCCUGGCUGAAAGGUCAAGGGAUCACUGUGCGUUCAAAGGACAAGAAGGAGGACCUGAUGUCAAAGGUCAUGCAGUGCCUGAGUGAACCAUGAGGCAGGGAGUCGCCAUCCAGACAAAGCCUGCAGGUUUAGAGUUCUCUCUCAGGUAAUCCACACCAGAGCAGAAGUCUAGCCUGUAGAGCUUUUCCCUUAUGGCACUCACACUGAGCAUGCCCAUGAGCUGCCCAUGAGCUGUGUUGUGCUUUAGCUUUUUUUUUCUGCUCUGCCAAGUUCAACAUGAUGUUACGUUAGGCUUUGUGCAGAUACAACUAGAUCUUACAGACUGACCAGUGGUCUAAUUUAAGAAUAUAUAAAUGUAGAUUUCUCUCUGCAGUGUUUUACAGUGUCUGUUUGAACUUUUCUUUUGCUUUUCAAUUUGGUUACUCUGUUGUACAGUUGUACACUUAAAUAUAAAUCAAGGCCAUCAGUUUUGGCCAGAUUGAUAUUAUACUAUAUUGUGAUAUGAAAAAUCUAAAUACAAAUAUGUUUCCUGUUCUGUGCCGUUUUCAUCACUGGUUUCUUCCUUUUUGGUUUAGUGAUCAUCUUUAAAUGCAUUCAGUACAUUUAAUGAAAUCUAAUUUAGCUUUGUACCAUCACUAAGAUCCAGCAAGAAGUUUGAUAUCCAAAUGCACACAGAGAAUUUCAGAUGACUGCGGGUGCUGCGUGCUGCCACACCUCCAAAGCGUUUACUGCAAGCGUGUACAGAAAGCUCUGAUGGGUGCUCGGCUUGCGUCGACUCUAAUGAUACACACAAUGACAGAGAGCCGAGCACCAGAGGAGUGUGACUGAAAUGGAAAUUGGCACAAGUCACUUUGAUGGCUAAUGAAGGGAGCUUUCAGAAAGUCCAACAUCAGCAAGCCUUUUUAACACUUCUUACUUACCAAGGGCUAAUGACUGGUACAAAUCUUUUUCAGCGAGAUACGCAGUGAAAAGAGUUCCUGCAAAGGUUACACUAGUUUUUCAUACAGUUUUCAUGCAGUCCAAGCUUUUUGGGACUUUCUACAAUAUAUCAAAGAUUUUUCAAAUUUGAACCAGACAUCCUUUUUCCUGUGUUUAAAAUAAUUUCAUAUAGUCUAUCAUAAUACUUUAUGGCUGUGACAGCUUGUUUUGUGACAGUGAAGUCAGUGAGGGUUCAAUUUUAAUGUUUGAGAACAUAUGAGGAUGCCUGUGUGGUUUAAGAUCACCAAGAAAAUUCAUGGUUUAAAUCUUUCACAGAAAGAAGUGGCUCUAUACCAGGGUGCAUGGAAGCUUUAAGAGUAAGACUGGAUUUUGGAGUAACCAUUUGGAUGCAUCAGUAGUUUCUUUCAUUUUAUUAAUCAGUUAAUGAAACUGCUAUAUGAAUUGUACCUGAUUGACCCCCUCUGAUACAAUGGUGAAGGGCAAAAUGUUUUCGUUCAUUUUACGAGCAGCCAGAGGCCAGCAUGUGGGCUCGUCUUUCUGCUGUUUCAGAGUGAUGGCUCUUCAGAAACAUCAUUUGAACACUAUUCGCCACAGGGCACAUAUACACAUUCCUCUAUCUGAAACGUGCAGAAUCAUGCUCCAGCUUUCCUGCUCAGACCUCUGGGCAACUACUCAACUGAGCACUGACCUGGUAUUCAUGACAUAAAACCUUCACACUAAUUUCUGGAUAAUUGCUGUGUUUAUUGUGGAAUCAUUAUUAUUUAUGAUUUAAAGAGUGAUGAGAUGAAGUUAGAGAGAUGAAUGGAGUUUGCUGCUGUCCUGACAAAACUCUCUGCCUCCAAGAAAAAAACUAGCUUGCUGUUAAAAGGCGGGUUUCAAAAAAUAAAACGUUUCUGGGAAUGAGAGAAUAAUGGUUGUAAAUAAAUAAAUAAAUUAAGUAAGUAAUAAAAUAAUAAUCACUCACACUUUAUUUGCUGAAUGCAGAGUGUGCAAGAAAUUUAAAAAAAAAAAAAUGUAAAGGAUUUUAAUAACAAUUGUGUCUAUUUUAGAAACAUAAUUGAAUGUGAUAUAAAAAGUGUUAGAUAUUUCUAGGUUUUCAAUAUGAAGUCAAACAAUUGUAUAUCUAAAUCCAUUUCCAUUAUAUUUUAGUCUGAAAGUUGUCCGAGUCUGUACCUGGGAGCCGUAAGUACCAUGCAUGCUUGUGGUCUGGCUGCUUCUUUGCUCCCUAGGGUGGUACUAUAAGUUCUCCGUAGAACACACACGGUGCUGUGUAGUGGUACAGAUUUUUCGGUACUGAGUGCAUGACCAUGGCCAACUGCAUGGCCGAAGGGAAAAGGGUCUCUGAGUUUAAUGUUUGUUAAUGUGUUCAGUACCAAAGAGGCCAGCUUCAACAAGGAGCAGGUGGCAGCUGGCUCAAUUUAUCCUUCUCUGUAAGAUCUAGUUAACUCUUUCAUUGCUAGCUGUAAUGAUUCAUCUGAAAAUGAAUAGUUCUACUCUCUGGUCAUCAUGUUCAGUGCGGAUUGUUUUUGUUUCAGGAGCAAAAAUGAUAUCUUAGUGAAAAUAUUUUGAAUAUAGGUGAAAUUGUAAUUAUGAGACUGUAAUAAAACAAAUAUA